AUGCUGUAUUGGUUAUUAGGCUCUUUACCUUUUGUUUUUCUCUUUUCAUUUGCCUAUUACAAACAGAAUUGGCUGUUAUAUUGCAAUUAUAUGCCCCGAGGACAGGCCAGAGUCCUCGAAUAUUUACCUUCAAUAUUCAAUCUACCCUUUGAAGAUAUCAUGUUAGAUACACUGGAUGGAAAAGCAAAAAUCCAUUGCUGGUUUCUGAGAUAUAUGCCAUCAGGUGGAUCUCUUGAUUCUUCUUUCUUACAACAUAAAAAGUCAACGGACAAGGCUAACAAUGAUGAAGAUGCCAUCUUUUCGUUUCAUCAUUCGAGCAGCAGUAAUGCCACAACGUCGUCCCCUUCAUCAUCAGCAUCACAAGGAAACAACAACUCAUCAUCAGGCGAUAAUUUAUCACAACAAGACACAAAGAAAAAGAUCAAGAAGGGAACUUCAAGUAUGAUGUUGCAGUACAAGAAACAACUUCAGUACACUCCAACAAUUAUCAUGUUUCAUGGCAAUGCUGGAAAUAUUUCACAUCGAUUGACAAAUGCUAGAGACAUGUAUCGCUCAUGUAAAUGUAAUAUACUUAUGGUAGAAUAUAGAGGUUAUGGACGAAGUACAGGAGAACCAUCAGAAGAGGGUUUAAAGAAUGAUGCAGAAACAGCCAUUCGAUAUUUAUUGGAGAAAAGGUCGGACAUUAAUCCAAACAAUAUUUUUAUAUUCGGAAGAAGUCUUGGUGGAGCUGUGGCAAUCUUUCUCGCUGCAAAAUAUGCCAAUGUAAUUCGAGGAGUUAUUGUUGAAAAUACUUUUAUUUCAGUACCUAAACUGAUUCCUUCACUAUUUCCAUAUCGAUUUGCGGUUCCAGUUUUGCAAUAUUUAUGCAUUAAUAAGUGGGAUAAUGAAACAAUUUUGAGAAGUGCUACAUUCAGAAAUGAUUUCCACAGAAAGAGAUUGAAUGGUGACUUGCCCUUUUUAUUUAUCAGCGGCAGAAAAGACGAGUUAAUACCUCCAGAACACAUGGAUACUCUGAUUGAAAUUUAUUGUGAACGUUACGGAGAUUAUUGUUAUGUCAAACGAUUCGAAGAGGGCACUCAUUACGGAACGUGGUUAUGUCCUGGAUACUAUCUCAAUUUAUAUCGAUUUAUCAAAAAGUUUAGAGUCAAUCCACCUUCAGUCUCAGAAACUAGAUCAAGAAAGGCAUCCUCAUCAACAACAAGUGUUAAGCCUCACAUUCCAACAUCUUCAACAGAUCAAAUUCACACUUCAGGCGAUGAUAUUGUGAUUCAUGAAAACAUCACACUUACAUAUGCAGAUUCGCUUACAAUUCCUCCCGAGAACCACCACGGAAGUGGCCAUAACAGUGGCACAAGUAGUGGUGCUAAUAGCGGAGACAACACACCAAGAAAAAAGGGAACCUAUAUGUUCAGAUAA